UUUUGUCGUCGUGUUUUCGCCUGGUUUUGUUUUGCCGUCGUGUUUUCGCCUGGUUUUGUUUUUCCUCCGCCGCUGCCUCGUCUCCUCGUCGUCUGGAUUGACUCCUGACUAACUCAGAGCGGCGUCUCUGCUCUGCUGCAGGGCUUGACGUCGGUCGGAUCACGGCGCUGCUGGACUCGGUGUUUCUGUGUUUCUGCUCUGCUGCGGCGCUCUCAUGGUAUUCGGUCCAUUUUCUGGUGCAGAGCGGCCUCUCCUAUGGGGUGAUGAUCUUUGCCAGCCUGGAGCACAUGCACAAGUACUGCUUCAUCGUCACCCUCGGUUACCUGAUCGUCUGUCAGAUCACAAGAGUCUACGUGUUCGACUACGGCAUGUACUCUGCAGAUUUCACUGGGCCCAUGAUGGUUAUAACCCAGAAGAUCACCAGCAUGGCGUUUGAAAUCCAUGACGGUUUGUCGAAGCGCAGGGAAGGACAGCUGACUCCCAGUCAGAAAUACCUAGCUAUCAGCCGGAUGCCCAGCUUGCUGGAGUACCUGAGCUACAACUGCAACUUCAUGGGCAUCCUGGCGGGACCCACCUGCUCCUACAACGACUACAUGGCCUUCAUGGAGGGGACGUCGUACCAGCGCCGCCGCCAGGAGAGCGCUAACGGCAAGGAGAACGGGAAGGCCAAGCAGCCCGAGCCUUCACCAAAGCGCGCCGUGGUGGCCAAGCUGUGCACCUGCGCCAUCUCUUUGACCACCUACCUGUCGCUGUACCGGCUGCUCCCGGUCGUCCGCUCCAUAGACGAGCACUUCGUCAGCAACACGCCGUUCCACCUGCAGGUCGUCUACCUUUACCUGGCCAUGCUGGCGCUCAGGCCUAAAUACUACUUUGUGUGGACUCUGGCCGAUGCCAUCAACAACGCAGCCGGGUUUGGCUUCAACGGCUACGACGCAGACGGCUCGCCGCGCUGGGACCUGAUUUCCAACCUCAGGAUUCUGGAUAUCGAGUUUGCCACAAGUUUCAAGCUCUUUCUAGACAACUGGAACAUUCAGACAGCUCAGUGGCUCAAGAGAGUUUGCUACGAGCGUUGCCCCGUCAACCCGACGGCCGCCACCUUCCUGCUGUCGGCCAUGUGGCACGGCGUCUACCCCGGCUACUACCUGACCUUCGUCACCGGCAUCGGGAUGACCAUGGCYGCCCGCGCCGUACGGCACAACAUCAGACCGUACUUCUUGGUCUCCGACUCGCACAAGCGCGUCUAUGAUGUCAUCACGUGGGCUAGCACGCAGGUUGCCAUUUGUUACACGGUGGUGCCGUUCGUCCUGCUCGCUGUUGGACCUUCGCUAAAGUUCUACAGCUCGUGGUACUUUUGCUUGCACCUCCUGUGUCUCCUCGUGGUUCUGGUUCUGCCCGUCAAAUCGAGACGCCGGCAGGCCAGAGCGAAGGAAGACGCUGCGCAGGACGAGCAGCGCGACCACAGCAGCACAGACAACAACUGCAACCGGAAAGACAAAUCCACAUGAGACCGCCGCCRCGUCACGAGCUACACCUGGACCGGGUCGGGUCCAGUACCUAACCAAGAACCCAAAAAACACAAAACGUCUAGUAGCAACAUGGAGGACAGCCGUCACUCUGCUGACGUGGACAAACAGGAAGUAAUCUGGUGACUUUGGCGCUGCCUUAAACCCUCGAUGUACUCUACAGGUGAGGCCGGUAGAUGGGUGGAGUUCCUCAGGGCAGACAGGAAGUAUGUGGAGGGUUUUUGUCAUUGGAACAGGAAGUUCGUCCAUUUGAAAGAAGCAAACUUUAUCAUCAGCUGCCAACUUUGAACAGGCCUUAUGAUCUUUGAAUGGUUUCAUUUCUUUUUUUUUUUUUAUCUUGGAGCAGAGUUCACGUUGUGCGUUUCGUAUUUAGCCGUUUCUGACGACACUAUUUGAAAUACAUUCUUAAUGUUUUUUUUCUUUUUGGGAAGAUUUGGCUCUAAAACGACAGAGAGAAGAGAGUUUUCUGUUCUGGGUUUCUGUUUGGUUCUGGGUUUUUUCGAUCCAGGGGUUUAUUUGCAAACGGUUAAAGGGACUUUUGAUUUGCUCACAAAUCCAAACACACAUUUUCUCACACAUUUUUAAAUGUUACAACCACAAACUAAAAUGGGUUUAAUUGGAUUUUUUUAUUUGA